AUGCUUCGAAAUGUGUUAUGUACGGUACCACGGAAACAUUUACAGGUUAUACCAGUCAGAUAUAAGCAGAAAAAAUUCCCAAAAGUGGACAAAAAAUUUCAAGCAGCUGCAGAAUCAUUAGCUGCCAGAGGUUUCCUGAGACCAACAAAACCAUGGGAUCCACCGGCAAAUAUUGAAGAGACAAUCUCUAAAAUCUGUUCAUCUAAAGGUCUGAACACUGAUGCUGAGUUUGAUGCACUGGAAACUAAGUUUGCGGUACUCAAGGCAUGUUAUGAGGAGACCGGAUAUGAUGUGCCGAAUUCUUUACUGCAUACCAUUGGGAGUGUUGCUGAUCUAAAACAAUUUUAUAAGACUCCUGUGGAUACGGCAACACCAUUUGAGGCUCUGAAGAGAAUGGAACUGCCCAAAAACUUGCAUGUACAGCCAGACUAUGUCAGAUUCCAUCCAGAUAAAGAUACUAUGUUUGAUGGUGUAUCGGCAUUCCCCAAGAGUUCCACCAUUGUAUCUGGAUUGAAGACGAGGAAGAAGUACGAAGGCUACUCUGCCAAGAGAUCGUGGCCCUAG